AGCAAGUCCAGAGAGCGACAGAGAGAGAGAGAGAGGCAGAAAUAUGGGUGGUUGGGCAAUUGCAGUUCACGGCGGCGCGGGUGUCGACCCGAAUCUCCCCAUGGAGCGUCAAAAGCAGGCCAAACAACUCCUCACCCGCUGCCUCAAUCUCGGCAUCUCUGCUCUCCGCUCCGAUCUAGCCGCCAUUGAUGUUGUCGAGCUUGUCGUUAGGGAAUUGGAAACCGAUCCUUGCUUCAACUCUGGCCGUGGAUCAGCUCUCACAGCGAAAGGGACGGUUGAGAUGGAAGCCAGCAUCAUGGAUGGACCCAAAAGACGAUGCGGCGCCGUUUCGGGAUUAACUACGGUUAAGAAUCCCGUUUCACUCGCCCGCCUCGUCAUGGACAAAUCACCUCACUCCUACCUCGCCUUCUCCGGCGCCGAAGACUUCGCCCGACAACAGGGCGUUGAGCUCGUGGACAAUGAGUAUUUCAUCACAGAGGAAAAUGUGGGGAUGCUCAAAUUGGCAAAGGAGGCCAACACAAUUUUGUUUGAUUACAGAAUUCCGUUAGGAUCGGAGAGCUGCAGUGCAGGUGUGGAGAGCCCGCUGCACAUGAACGGGCUCCCCAUUAGUGUUUAUGCACCCGAGACCGUUGGUUGUGUGGUGGUGGAUAACCAAGGGCGUUGCGCUGCAGCUACAUCCACCGGUGGGCUAAUGAACAAAAUGACUGGCCGAAUCGGUGACUCACCACUCAUUGGUGCCGGUACCUACGCGUGUGACCUUUGUGGGGUCUCGUGCACAGGUGAGGGCGAGGCAAUCAUACGCGGGACACUCGCGCGUGAGGUGGCGGCAGUGAUGGAGUACAAGGGCCUAGGCCUACAAGAUGCAGUGGAUUUUGUGAUCAAAGAGAGGCUUGAUGAUGGCAAGGCCGGACUCAUAGCUGUGUCUAGCAAAGGUGAAGUAGCUUAUGGGUUUAAUUGUAUGGGGAUGUUUAGGGGGUGUGCCACUGAGGAUGGGUUCAUGGAGGUUGGGAUUUGGGAGUAGAGAGGGACUUUGAAAGUGAAAAAUCUUUCUGGGUUUGCUUUGUUUGGGGCCUUAGAUACUAAAUGAUCUGUAUCUAGGCUUUGCCUUUGAUGUUUGUGUAGGCUAACAUAAGAAAUGCAUGCCUUUCAUUAGGCGUAAUUUUUAGUUGAAUUGGCAUGUAUUUUUCGACUAUCAUUGAAUAAAAAGCCAGAGCAUUUUCAUAA